AGAGGUAGUAGGGUAUAAUAGAAUAAAGUCCUAAUUUGACGCAUACGCAGCUCCAUCUCACGGGAAGACGCAGCUCCAUCUCAUCUCGUUUCACGCAUCGACUCUAUCAUCUCCAUCUUCUCCGGCUCGAGCUCUCUCCUCUCCAUCUCCGACGCAGACCUCGAGAUUUCUCAUCUCCGACUCGAGCCCUCUCUUCUCCGACUCGAGCCCUCUCUUCUCUGACGCAGACCACGAGCUCUCUCAUCUCCUCCGAUUUGGGUUUCAAGUAUUGUUGAGACAAGAAGAAGCUGUUUUUGUGUUUCAUGAGUUUUUGAGAAUGGGUUUUGGAUCUGAUGGGGAUCCAAGAGAAUGGGUUUGUUCUGAUGUAAUCUUUUGUGUCUUGAAUACUUUUUGUGAUAGACUGAUAGGAUUUGUGUUGUUUUUGUGUACAAUUAAGCUGAUUCUCUAGAUUAAGCAAAUGUCUUUGUUCAUUUUAUGUGUUGAUUUGUGUUGAUUUUGAUUCUGUUAUCAGUGUCUUGCUACUGUUUUUGAAGUUUAUGGGGACUGAAUAUUAAUGUUACUUGAAGUUCUGAAUCUAGAAUACUUGGUAUUCCUCGUAUAGAAUCUGAAGUUGAAGGUUCUAAGCUUUUGUUUUGUUUUGUUCUAGCUGAAGAGGUUGCCACUUGCUACUGAGUUAAGUGGAAAAGAGCUAUAAAUGAGACAUACUUUGUUGUUGAAGAAGUUUGGCAUCGCUGUUAACACCAAACGCAGGCGUUUACAACUUGUGAACGAGCUUUGGACAUGACUCAGGUUGUGGAAAGUGCAGAUGUUUGGUCUGGCCUUCACGCAUCAUUCCUUGUUGACAUCUCAGAAACCGUAUGGUUGGAGAAAAAGCAUGCCUACAGUUUUCUAACCAUCUUGUAGAAGUGUGUAUAUCUUCUUUUGUGUCCUUUCUUUUUCAUUUGUUUGUCUUUUGAUUUUGAAGAAGACAGCCAAACAUUGUGUAACUGAUGUAUUUUUCAGUCGAUAAAUUUUUGUACCCAUAAACAUGUAAACAUAAUCUCAAACUGGCACAUCUAAUGAAAUCUGUUCACCAAAGUUACAGUCAAAUAAAAAGAAAAGAGUUGCAGUCAAAAUUCUGUUAUGGAAAGCAUCAUUAGAUAAUAUUGAUGACUGAUUUGUAUAUAUAUGAGGAGAAUAUCCACUUAUAACUUUGAUAUAUUAUUUCUGUUUAAUUUAUUUAAAAUGUUUUAGUUAAUAACUUAGUUUUUCUUUGCUUAUAACUUAGCUUAUCAUUUCUACUUGAUAUUAAAAUAUUUGUUUUAUUAUUUAAGAUUUGAUGUAUUAUUUAGCUUUUGUUUAAUGAUAAAUAUUUUGAAGUAUUAUUUUUAUUUUAACUUAGCUUAUAAUUUAUGAUAAAAAAAUAUUUUUAUAUUCGUAUAUUUGACCAAAAAUUUAUAUACCAAGUAAACAUAAUAUUUUAAUGGAUGUAAAUAUAUUUAAAUUAUAUUUUUUAUUUAAAAUACAAUUUUACAAAAAAUUUAAAAUAAAAUAUGAAAAUAUGUUUCCUGCGUCGGCGUCGGCGUCAGCUUCAACUUCCUGCGUCUUCUAAACAAACAAUAAUCUGCGUCGGCUUCGGCAUCUACGAAACGAACAACAACUAUUUUCAUUGACGCUGACGCCGACGCUGACGCCGAAAACUGCGUCCACCAAACGAACAGUACUAAUGUUCUCAUUGUUUACCGUUCAAAUAAAUAAUUUUCUGUUGUCCCGUUUUGUGAGAUUACCAUUUAGUUAAUCUCAAGUUUUAUUUUAAUCUUUCAAUAAUUUGUUUUCUCUGGUUAUCAAGAAACGGUACACAUAAAUUACAAUUACUUAGAUGCAGUAAACUGAAAAUUAAUUUUAAUCUCAAGAUAACAAGAAGAAAACAGAGAUACAGACAAGCAAACUUUUUCACUAAAAUAUUUAAUUCGUAAUGAAUUAAGCACGUAACACAGACGUACCAACAACUAACUGGAUUUGUUUUUUUUUUAUUUGUUUAUCGUGAUGAGUCAUCUUCUGUUCAUGCAAACCAUUGGAACACACGCUCGUGGUUAAUGUAUUCAUUUCUUGGAUUGUUGAACUCUGAAGUAGGAAGAAUUUUCUGCCAAUCCCCACUCCAUUUUCGCCUUAUUGUAAUGUUUUAUCUACACAUAUAAAUGCACGCAACACUAAACAUCAAACCCACAUAAUAAUGUAUAUUGCUUAUAAAAUAACACAUGUAUAAUACUGUAGGUUAUCACUGAUUUUGGUGUACGUUCUUAAAUUAAUAAAUUAAUAAGAAUGGAGAUUGAGUAUCUCUACACGUUGUUGCUGACUUUUUUGUUUCUUAUAUUUUCCAAUUUUCAAAACCGAUCCCAACUUCUGAAAAUUUUCUCACCAGUUUUGAUUCAUCUCCGGUUACAACAAUGGCGCAGCAGCAACAACGCCCAAUCUCAAACCGUCCCAUUUCAUUUCUAAACCGCAACGGUCUUUUCCUCCUCCUUCUAGUUCUCUUGGUAUUCCUCGGCGUAUACUUACCAUUAUCAGAGUCUCCGUUAUUCAUGUUUCAGAACAGAACCUCUUCUUCUUCUCCUCCUUCUCCUUCUUUUGUGGUCUCUGACUGGCGCUAUUAUUCUCUUGCCCAAGCAGCCAAGUUUGUGGCCAAGAACGGGACAGUGAUCGUUUGUGCAGUUAGUUAUCCUUUCUUGCCUUUUCUUAAUAACUGGUUGAUUAGCAUUUCUAGACAGAAGCAUCAUGAAAAAGUUCUAGUGAUCGCUGAAGAUUACGCUCUUCUGUACAAAGUCAACGAGAAGUGGCCAGGUCAUGCCGUUCUCAUUCCUCCGGCAUUGGAUCCAAAAGCCGCACAUCAUUUUGGUUCCCAGGGUUUCUACAACCUUACUUCUCGAAGACCACAACAUCUCUUGGACAUUCUGGAGCUAGGUUACAAUGUUAUGUACAAUGAUGUUGAUAUGGUCUGGCUACAAGAUCCAUUUAAGUAUUUACAGGGAGGCCACGACGUAUACUUCAUGGAUGACAUGACAACGAUUAAGCCUUUAAAUCACUCUCAUGGUUUACCAACGAGCCGGAACGGAGUGACUUAUGUAUGUAGCUGCAUGAUUUUCCUGCGUUGCACUAGUGGUGCAAAGCUUCUAUUGAAGAAAUGGGUUGAAGAAAUUCGAACUCAGCCUUGGUCUAACACCGAAGCAAAGAAACCACAUGAUCAACCUGCUUUUAAUCGGGCACUUCACAAAACAACUCAUCAGGUAGAUGUCUACUUGCUUCCACAAUCAGCUUUCCCGUCAGGAGGAUUGUACUUUAAGAACAAGAAAUGGGUUAAUGAGACGAAUGGGAAACAUGUGAUAGUUCACAAUAAUUACAUUGUCGGCUACAACCAAAAGUUGAAACGCUUCCAAGAUUUUGGUUUAUGGCUAGUCGAUGAUUUUUCUCAUGAGUCUCCACUGGGAAAAUUAGAGUCAGUCCAAGAGCAGAAUACUGAAGAGAAGAAACAGAAGGAAAGAGGAAAAAAAACAAACAGAAAAAGGGGUCAAAAACACAACAUCCUCUAGAGGAUGUCUUAUAUACAACAAAUAUUAGAUCUUAAAACUAUUGCAAGGGGAUGUAUUCAGAUACAGUUUUUUUUUUUGCUAUUACAAUAAAUUAACACCACAAUAUCACAAGUAUCUAUAGAUAAUGACACUCUUGCAUUUUCAAGCUUUUGGAGGUUAACACAUUAGUCAAUAAAAAAAAAAUGAAAACCAAUCAAAACAGUCUGUUUUAUACAAUUCAGCAUUUGGAGAAGACAAGUUAUCUUUAACAAAAUGACACUUCUAAAUUUCAAAGCAAAAACCAAUAAAUUCCACCUUUCCAACUUUAUCUCCAUGUUAGAGAUAUGUAUGUACCGGUACGAAUGUAAGCAUAUUUUGAUUUUCUGCUUUAGUGUAUUUAUUAUUUGAUUGGUUUUCAUUUUUUGUAACUAUCAACAGAGUGAAUGGGAGAAGUCCAGACAUCAGAGAAAAGAAUGUCUAGUGGACGAGAAGAUGAUAAGGUAGUAUUUGAAAAUGGAAGCUUGUGUGUUUUAUUACUGAAACAAGAGUUGCAGGGUGGAGAUAACAUAUAAAAGACUGGUAAAUGAAAACAAAAAAGCAUUUGAUUAAGUGUUUGAGAAUUCGGAUGGCCUAAACGAGAAUGCCAACCCAAUUUGGAGGUUUUAAAA